AUGAUGCGGCGGGGCAGGGGGCCGAACAGCCAGAAGCGGGGUGGGCGCGGAGGCGGAAGGGGUGGCGGAAGGGGCGGAGGGAGAGGCGGAAGGGGCGGGGGAGGAGGGGGAAGGGGUGGAGGGGGAGGCGGAGGCGGAGGGGAGCAGCGAUGGUGGGAUCCGGCGUGGCGCGCGGAGCGAUUAGCGGUGAUGGGGAAGGAGGUGAGGGGGAAGGGAGGAGGUGAGGGGGAAGGGAGGAGAGGCCCAGCAAAGCAAGUGGACGGCGCAGCAUGGGCAACACGUUUUCGGCAGCUGGCAGCAGGGGGUGGUGCUGUGGGGAACGGUGCAACGGGGAAUGGUGCGGUGGGGAGCGGUGCAGUGGGAGGAACAGCAGGCGCGCAGCAGGGGGGGAGUUCACCAGAGGAGAUUGUGAUAAGAGAGAACUAUGGGAGGGAGGGCACGGAGCAACUGGCGUUACUGGCAGAGCAAGCAGGGCUGUACUUUCAAACGUACGGGAAGGGCACUGGAACGGUAGCAGUGGCCAGCAGGGUGCCUCUUCCCAGCUACCGGGCUGAUCUGGAUGACAAGCACGGGCGGUCCGAGCGACAGAUCACCGUCUCAUCUGACCUCCAUCAACACGUUUCAAGCCUCCUCGCCCCUUCCUCCUCCUCCUCCGCCCCCCCUGGAUCAACCACACCAGCAGCAGCAGCAGCAGCGCCAUCAGCAGCAGCAGGGGCACAGGGAACGGGUCUCCUCUCAAUGCCUGCGGUGUCGUCCCAGGCCUCUGCAGCAGCUGAAUCAGCAACAGCACAUGCGCUUAGAGUGCAGAGUGACGCGUUGAGGGCCGAACAAAACCGGCGCAAGUCCUCUCCAGCAGUACGGGCAAUGAUGUCUCAGAGGCAACGCCUACCGGUCUUCAAGCAGCGGGAGGAGCUGCUGCGAGCUGUGCAGCAGAGCCAGGUCCUUGUGGUUUCAGGCGAGACAGGCUGUGGCAAAACCACCCAGCUCCCGCAAUUCAUUCUGGAGAGUGAGAUAGAAGCAGGCAGGGGCGCACAGACCAUGAUCAUCUGCACCCAGCCCCGGCGGAUAUCCGCCACGUCGGUGGCGGCGAGGGUGGCGGCGGAGAGAGGCGAGGAGGUGGGGGGCAGCGUGGGGUAUCAGAUCCGGAUGGAGAGCAGACGAGGGCCGAAUACGAGGCUGCUGUUCUGCACUACUGGGGUGCUGCUGAGACGACUGGUGCAACAACCAGACCUAGCUGGCGUCUCCCACGUGAUGGUGGACGAGAUACACGAGAGGGGAAUGAACGAGGACUUUCUCCUCAUCAUCUUGAGGGACCUGCUGCCGCGCCGCCCCGACUUGCGCCUCGUGCUCAUGAGCGCCACCAUCAAUGCCGAAUUGUUUUCGGAGUACUUCAACAAAGCACCGAUGGUGCACAUUCCGGGUUUCACCCACCCAGUGCAGCAGCUGUUUCUAGAGCACGUGUUGGAGCGCACGCGCAUUCCCAUCCGGGACCAGGGCCAGCAGGGAGGAGGAGGGGGGUUCUCGAGAGGAGGAGGAGGGGGAGGGCGGGGGUAUGGGCGGGGGAGACGAGAGAGGAGUGCGAGUGUGGCGAAGAAAGACCCGAUCUCAGAGGCAUGGGAGGAUGUGGACAUAUGGACGCACUACUCUGCGUUCUCUCGACCCACCCAGGAUUCUCUCGCCAACUUCUCACCAGACAAGCUAGACAUUGAUCUAGUGGCAUCCGUUGUGGAGCAUAUAUGCCGGAACGAGGCUGAGGGGGCCGUGCUGGUCUUUUUGACUGGCUGGGACGAGAUUUCGAAGCUGCUGGAGGCGCUCAAGACGAUGCCUGUCGCCGGGCAGCCGUCGAAAGUUUUGCUCCUGCCCCUGCAUGGGUCGAUGCCAACGAUUCACCAGAAGGAGAUUUUCAACCGCCCGCCUCCUGGAGUCAGGAAGGUAGUCCUGGCGACCAACAUAGCAGAGACCAGCAUCACAAUUGACGACGUCGUAUUCGUGGUGGACUGCGGAAAGGCCAAGGAAACUUCCUAUGACGCUCUAAACAAGCUGGCCUGCCUGCUCCCCUCCUGGAUUUCCAAAGCCUCGGCCCACCAGAGGAGGGGGCGGGCGGGGCGCGUGCAGCCGGGAAUUUGUUUCCACCUCUACCCGAAGACGGUUUAUGAUUCGCUGCUGGAGUUUCAGCUGCCCGAGAUUCUGAGGACGCCGCUCCAGGAGCUGUGCUUGCAGAUCAAGCACCUGGGGCUGGGACACGUGCAGGCGUUUCUGUCUAAAGCCAUGCAGCCACCAGAACCGCUGGCAGUGCAAAACGCGGUGCAGCUUCUGGAGACCAUUGGAGCAUUCACCCCCGAGGAGCAACUCACCUCCCUGGGGUGCCACCUGGCCGCCAUUCCCGUGGAGCCCCGCAUUGGAAAGAUGCUCAUAUUCGGCGCCAUAUUCAACUGCCUCGCGCCAGCCCUCACCAUCGCUGCCUCUCUGGCCUACCGGGACCCCUUCGUCCUGCCACUCGACAAGAAAGAGAUGGCGGAUGCAGCCAAGAAGGAGUUCUCAAAGGACUCGAGAAGCGAUCACAUAGCUCUGCUGAACGCGUUUGAGGGGUGGAGAGCGGCCAAGAUGCAAGGCCAGGAGCGCAAUUACUGCUGGGAUAACUUCCUCUCCGCUCCGGUGCUGCAGAUGGUGUCCGAUAUGCGAGGGCAGUUCCUGCAACUGCUGAAUGACAUUGGUUUCUACGACCCCAGACUGGGGCUCAAUGAGUACAGCCAGCUGGCAUCGGACCAAGAAAUGCUCUCUGCUGUGAUCUGUGCGGGCCUCUACCCCUCUGUUGCUCGGAUUCGCCGGCAAGGAAAGCGGUUUGUGUUCUUUACAAAGGACGAUGGGCGGGUGGAGAUGCACCCUUCCUCAGUCAACGCCUUCUGUCCUUCCUUCAAUCGCCCCUGGCUUGUGUACAACGAGAAGGUCAAGACCUCCGACAUCUUUCUCAGGGACUCCACCAUGGUAUCCGAUUUCGCUCUCCUCAUGUUCGGAGGCAACCUCGAGCCUGCCCCGGCCGGCCGCACGGGCUUUGACAUGCUGGGAGGAUACCUGCACUUCGGUGCUUCUGCUCAGACUGCAAAAAUGGUGCAGGACCUGAGGCAGCAGCUGGAUUCACUACUUAGAGAGAAGAUCGAGAACCCAUCCCUGGACGUGCAUGCACAGGGGGAGAGGGUCGUAGCAGCAGUGCGCAGCCUCCUCUCCUCACCCCACGCGGAUUCGCUCCCCCCUGGGGAGUCUGGAGGCCGAUCUCUAGUGCCAGCGCAUCGUGUUCGCUAUGGCGCGCCGCUCUCGGCGCCUAGAGAUUUCCGUUUCACGGAGCAACGCAGGUUCGCAGACUUCUCCGUGCACGCGAAAAAGAAGAAGUCCAAAGCUCCUGUAGAAGAGCCGGUAGUAGAAGAGGAGGUAGUUGAAGAGGAAAUUAUUGAGGAAGAAGAGGAACCGUCUUGGAUCGGGAAGAAUGCUGGCCUCAACCAGAGCAUUGACGAGUUUUUGCCCGACAAUAAGGACGCUCUGACUUCCAAGGAGCUCAAGUCGCUCGAGAAAAAGUUCAACUUCAGCUCGGAUGAGAUUCUUCGCAAGUACAUCCGUUACGUGAUCAAUGAAAAGCCCUUUACCCCGGAGACGGUUUCCGGCCUGAUUCACCUUCGGAAAGUGUCUGGUCUUGAUGACCUUGGGAUUGCCGAGGUGCUCAACGAGAUCUCUCGGAGAAUCGUGAAAGCCAAAGGUCCUGUUGUGAUGGAUACAACUGGUUUCACUGAGAAGGGAGUGCAGAGGAAGGCAGCAGUACAGGGGAUAUUCACAAAGCUCCUCUACUUGUCUGAGGUGCGUAGUGUUCUUGCAUGA